CAUGGCAACACCAGCAGCACGUCUGUACCCCCACAUCCACACUGAGUAUUCCUGUGAUCCUUGGUGUUAUCCUGCUGCCUGAGUUUUGCCAGUUUCACAGGUAAAGGGACUGAUGCCCUUGGCCAUGACGUACCCCCAACUGCUAUCUGCUCAGGCGCAGCCUGCAUGACUGAGCCACCGCUGCUCUAGCUGUUUCACAGACCUAUUGUUGGAGAGCUCCUUAUAUGCCUUGGGGGAAAGAAUUCUCUGUGCAAAAAAAACUACACAAAGCAUCAGCAUGUUCUGAAGAGUUUGAUGGGGCAUCGGGCGGAUGACAGCGGGAACAGUUGUGAUUACUGGCGGAAUCCUAGCUACAGUGAUCCUCCUCUGCAUCAUCGCUGUCCUGUGCUACUGUAGGCUCCAGUACUACUGCUGCAAGAAGAGCACUGAGGAUGCAGAUGAGGAGGAGGAGGAAGAGGAGGAGCGCGGCCUUCCAGCCCAUCCCAGAGGCCCCACCUGUAACGCCUGCACUUCCCAAGCCCUGGACGACAGAGGCAGCCUGGUGCCUCUUACCAGCGAGCCCUGUAGCCAGCCGUGUGGGGUGGCAGGGAGCCACUGCACCACCUGUUCUCCAUACAGCUCCCCCUUUUAUAUACGGACGGCUGACAUGGUGCCCAAUGGGGGUGGAGGCGAGAGGCUGUCCUUUGCUCCCACGUACUACAAAGAGGGGGGACCUCCCUCCCUCAAACUGGCAGUGCCCCAGAGUUACCCGGUGACUUGGCCAGGCUCUGGGCGUGAGGCCUUCACUAAUCCAAGGGCUAUUAGUACAGACGUGUAACCAUUUCACCCCAACCUGCACACACACCAACACUGCUGCCCCAGCAGGAGCCAUGGGGACAGUGGGUGACUCUCCAAUAGCCCUGCAAGGACUAGCUCUGUUUCUUUGGCUUUUCUUGCUCCAUCGCAGAGGGUUCACCAGAAUUUGAGCUAUUAAAUGCAUGGAAAACCAGGGUUGGGGCUGGCUCCAACCCAGAGCCCAAAGGUGGGGCUAAUUUACUGACUGAUUUUGCAACUUCACCAGUUUCUCUGUUGGGACUUCUCUCCCAUUGCCCUAGUGCCACCACAACCCCUUCCAGGAGGCCCAAAUCUCUGGCCUUGCAGAGCCAAUUAGAAGCACCAGAGAAAGCUAAGCAAAGGCUCCAGAGACCUCCAGAGUCCUUGGGAGAUGAAGUGCCCAUGCCUACAAGAAAAAGGGAUAAAGAGCUAAGAGAGAAGUGAGGGCUACAUAGUCUAGAAUUUGAGGGGGGAAGGUAUGUAAAUAGGACUUCCUUGGGACUUGCUUGCUAAAAUGCAUCCAAGAGCUAAUUUAUAAUUUAGUUUUGUACUUUGGUUAUCAUAGUAUUGUCACUGUGGCUGCUCCAGUAGGGAUUCUGAUUACUGAACACAUCACAUCUGCAUCUGCCCCCUCCUCCUGGAACAUAUCGAGUUGACUUUAAAAAGGCCGUGGUGUAUGGUUAUUAGUGGGGACUGUAUCAAGUGUCUGUCUAAAUUUGUCUCUCCCAAACCCUUUAAGUUCCCUUAGGAACCAGUUGCCCCUGCUGGAGAAGCUUUGUGAAGUUUUGUUACUAGAGUUCAAGGGCUUAGCUAAAGAGAUCUUGCUUAUUGUUUCAGGCCAUGGUCCACCAUGCUGAGUACAAUCCCAUUCCCAGGUGUGCACACAUACAUGUAAACCAAUCACCAGGAUUUGUCAUUUUCAAGAGCUGCAGAGUGGAAGGGUCCAGGGGUACCAGCUAGAAAGAAAGAUCUGACCCCCAAGCAGCAAGAACAAGAGGUGAUUAAGGUAGUAAAUCCCCGUGUCAACCAGCCAGCUGGUACAGAAAGAGCCUGGAGUCCCUACCAACAAUGUUGCAGUGGUUGAAGCUGCCCCAACAACCUCCUCUAGAGACUGGUGCUCUCCUGAGACAUCCACCUGUGACACUGUGGAGCAGAAUACACUUUACCACACUGGGACCAAGAGCCCUGACUCCUAGGCACGGGGAGAGGGAUUCCUGAGGAUCGGCUAUGUCUUCGCGGUUGGAUUUCCUGCUUCUGCUUUCUGCAGACACCCCCUUGUCUCCAAGAAUGGCUCUUUAUUGCUGUCUUACUCUACUCCCCAUUCCUGCUUAUAACCCAGCAGUGGCCUUAUGCUUUUUAAGUAAGUAUGUAUGCUUGAGUUUUCAGAUGCCUUCUUGCAGUGGAUUAUGGCUGUUCCCCCACUUCUACGGCAUAGCUAACCCCGACUCCACUAAAUGUUGUAGAGGAUGGCACAGAAAAGGGGCUGGGCUUUCUGCCAAAAUCUUGAUUUUUGCAUUUGACACAGGGGAGAGAGUAGCCGAGGGAGUGGGGCAGAGAAGGGAAUGCUCACUUUUUACAUCACUCUGUUUGGAAUUAAUUGUAACCUAGAAUUAAUGCACAGUGAGUUGAGAAGAGAUGACCUGAGUUCUGGCCACAUUUUGGUCACUCAUUAGCUCUAGGACCAGUCCCUAAUCUUCUCUGAGACUCCACUUUCUCUUGCCCAGACAGACUCUAAGGGUCUUUAGUGCUUCAUGAAGUGAGGAGCUCCUAAAAAGAUCUGCCAUCCAGGCCACUCGCUCUUGCCCUCAUCCUAGCAGAUGCUAGUACUCCCAGGUGUCUGAUCCUGUGUACAUGAAUGUUCACUGAGAGAUGAAAGACUGCAAAAAACAAAAAGAUUACAAAGCAAAAUUAUUUUAAUUGCUAGUGAAAAGCAGCCUGUUUGACCCCCUAUUGAGUGACCUCAGAUGUUGCACUGAUCUUGUACCAGGAAGCAGCUUUCAGCAGGUUGAGAUCUGUCUCCCAGUGCAAAGGAGCAACUUGGGUCAGCGGCUUUAACCUACCUAUCCCACUGCCAGUCCUUCCUGGGCCAUGUGCAACCCUUGAUGAGCUGCCGGGCCUGGCAGCCCUCCUUAUUCCUGACAACCAGCCCAGUGUCUUGUCCCCAUGCGAUUCCACAGCCAAUCUACCAAACAACCCAUGGCCUUCCUCACCAAGAAUAACACCACCAUCAUUGCAUCUUCUGCCACUGGGAAAAUCAGGACAACCCAGUUAACUAUCACCUACUUCUUAGUGGGGUCCCAGAGUAUAAAGCAUCCCAUGCCAUUGUUUCCCCAGCCUAACUGCUGUUAACAGUCAAAAUCUGGGUCCAGUGUGUUAGAAGGCAAGCCAUAGCCCCUCCCCACAUAGUUCUCGUUCAGGGCACAAGCUCCAACCUGGGCUCAAGAUGGCCUCACUAUAGCUGCAAAAGCCUGCUCUGAGGAAGAGGAGUUCACUCCACCAAACUGCACUAUCCUUUUAGCUGUGGAGACUGCACUAUGAGACACUAUUUGUACACUCUUCAAACUGAACCCUAAACAGGAAGAGGAGGAAGAGGGGCUGGGGAACACCCAAUCCUCUCUGCUAUCUUUUUCCAUCUCCACGUCACUACUGCUGCUGCAGAUUUCUUGUCUCCCAUCUUUGAUAACUUGGAGUCACAACCAAGUGAAUGUCAAAAUAAAUGAGAAAUUUGAAAUAGAAACCUCAUGAGGUCCUGUUCUUUACAGAGGGACAGGGCAGUUGGGCAUGGAUUUCACCACCCACAAUGUCCACUUUCAACACCAAAAUCCACAUAUUUCCUACCCUCUCCUGCUUACACAUUAACCCCCUCACCUUAUUGCAGGGUAACCUCUAUUGCCUAGUCUGAGCUCACAUCCAGGGAGGAUUUACUGUCUGUUAGGAGAGGAGAUUGAAGUGUAGUAGCUGGUGUCCCCUGAGAUCGAAGUGGUCCCGCCCACAGUGUAAGCCUCACUGGGGAGCAAUCCAGGCUUCCACUCCUUCCCAGCGCCCCUCACCUUUCAGGCCUGUGG